GGGCUGACUUAGGAGCUUGUGAAAAUGCUACUACUGUUUGAGACGCCAGGUCGUUUUGCCCUCUUUAAAGUCUUGAAGGAAGGAAAGCUCUCUACUACUUUUAAUUCAUUUAUCUUAACCUGGUCUAUGUAUCGAUUGUCUUUAUUCUAAGUUUGUAAAUUUUGGUUGUUUUAUAGGAUUUGGGUAAUGAGUUCAUGACUGCAGAGUCAGCCCGAAAGAUGGUUAAGCUUAAAGCUUUUGACAAGUUUGACAACACAUCUGAAGCUCUUGAAGCUGUGGCUAAAUUGCUAAAGGGAACUCCAAGCAAGGGUCUACGCAAGUUUUUGAAAGCAAACUGUGAUGGUGAAACCUUAGCUGUUGCUGAUUCAAUGCUUGGAAAUAUUAUCAAGGAGAAGCUGAAAAUAGACUGUGUUCACAACAAUGCUGUUAUGGAGCUUUUACGAGGUGUCAGAAGCCAGCUUACUGAACUUAUAUCUGGAUUGGGGGAUAAUGAUCUAGCUCCAAUGAGCCUAGGAUUGUCUCACAGUCUUGCCAGAUAUAAACUAAAGUUCAGUUCUGAUAAGGUGGAUACCAUGAUUAUUUAAGCUAUUGGUUUUGUUGAUGAUCUUGACAAAGAGCUCAACACAUACGCUAUGAGGGUUCUUGAAUGAAUUACAACGCUGCUGCAGACUCCCUUCUUAAAACUCCCACAGGGGAUGAACGGUGUCAAAGAGAAGAAAGACAAAAAGAAGAAGAAGAAGAAGGCCGAUGAUGAGGAAGAAGCCAAAACCGAGGACGAGGAGCCUUCAAAGAAGAAGUCGAAGAAGAAGAAAUCAGAAGUAGAACCCGAAACAGUAGAGCCAGCAAAGAAGGAGAAAAAGAAGAGAAAACACGAGGAAGAAGAAGCCGAAAUGCCUGCCAAGGAAUAGAGUGACAAGAAGAAGAAGAAGAAAAGUGAAGUCUGAGGAGAGGUUUAAAAUUUUUGCGGGAGUACACGUUUAGUUUCGUUACGUUCGAUAUGGUGAAAUCAUUAUUUUUGGUUUCACAUACUAUAUAGAUUUUUCAUGUUUUUAGAUAUGGUGUUAAUGAGAAACAAAGAGGAUAUGUACUUGGUAUGAUUUACAUGAAAUUUUUA